AUGGUUUUUUCAAUUACUGAAUAUUUGGAAGAGUUGAAAGAAGCCAUGCUUCCAACCGUCGCUAGGGCCGAGGACGAUGUCGAAGACGUUGAAGACAAUGAAGAAGGUGACGGUGAAGAAGAAGAUGAUGAUGAUGAAGACGACGAUGAAGAUGGAGAUGAUGAAGAUGGCGAGACCGUUGAUCAAUUGGAUGCUCUAAGAGCAGAGUGUAAAGAGACGGCGGAAGCAAAGCCACUUGUACAUCACUACAUGGAAUGUGUGGAGAGGGUUCAUGCCGCACAAGAACAACCAGGAUAUGAAGAUUUGGACUACAAGGAAGACUGUGUUGAAGAAUUUUUCCAUUUACAACAUUACCUUGACCAGUGUGCUGCUCCAAGACUUUUUGACAGGUUGAAGUGA